AUGCAGUUCCUGCACAAGUGCCGCCCCUUUUACAUUGCCGGCUUCAAUGUCGACAACCUGGCGGAGGCCAUGCUGGCGUGGUCGCCGUCCCGUGCCGGGGCCGCUGGCACGGCCGUGGGGGCUGCUGCCAUUGUCAACGUGCUCAACCAGGCCGCAGCAGCGGGCCUCAACACCGUGAGCCCUGGCGCGUACGACGAGAACGCCUUCCAGGCUCUAGACCUGGUGAUUGCCGAGGCGGAGAAGAAGGGGCUGCGUGUCAUUCUGAGCCUGGUGGACAACUGGAAGUAUGAGGGCGGCGUUGAUGAGUUUGUGGACUGGGCCAAGACGGUCCCGGCCCGCGACAAGAAGUACCCAGUGGCGACGGGCGGCGACGGCGACGUGAACGAUAUGGAGUGGAGCGAGGACCGCAAGCAGUACGAGGCCUUGCGCAAGGUGCUCUUCUUCACCGACGCCGGGGUCAAGACGCUGUACCGCAACCACAUCCGUGCGAUCCUGGAGCGCGUGAACACUGUGAGCGGCAAGGUGUACCGCGAGGACCCCACCAUCAUGGCCUUUGACCUGCUGAACGAGCCCCGCUGCUCCGUCUCCUAUACCCCGGAUUGCACCAAGCUGGUGGAGCAGUGGGUGUACGAGAUGGCGACCCACCUCAAGUCCCUGGAUCAAAACCACCUUGUCACCAUCGGGGCGGAAGGGUUCUGGGGGGUGCACGACAAGAUGCAGAUCGCCAACCCCGGCGCGGCGGAGGGCUCGGACUGGGCCGCCAAGGCGGGGCAAGACUUUGUGCAUCACCACAACAUGCCCGUGGUGGACUUUGCCACCAUGCACCUCUGGCCGGACAACUGGCUGACCAAGAACACCAGCUUUGUGGCCGAGUGGAUCCACAAGCACAUCGAGGACAGCACCAAGGUGCUCAAGAAGCCCGUCCUGCUCGAGGAGUUUGGCAAGAAGCUGUCGGCCGCCACCAGCCAGGCAGUGGCCUCGGAGCGCGACCCCGGCUUCCGCACGGUGUACGAGGAGAGCGAGAUGUCCACCGCCUCCGGCUCGGCGCUGGCGGGCACGCUGUUCUGGCGCUGGGGCUUCAACGCCUGGGAUGUGACCAACGUGGGCGAGUACGGCGUGACCCCGGAGGCCUCCACCUUCCGCGUGGUGCGCGGACACGCCCAGCGGCUCAAGGCCUUCCGCAACACGGCCCCCGCGCUGGCCACCUGCACGGCCGAGUGCUGGGUGGGGACCAGCGCGCUGGGCAUCAACCGCUGCGAGCAGCAGCCGGGGGUGUGCCUGGAGCACGCCUCCGCUGCCAGCCUGGCCGUGCGCCGUGACGCCCAGGCCGGCAGGCUGCAGUCCGCAGGCGUGGAGGCGUUUGGCAGCCACGCCGAGUGCUGCCUGCCAGGGCUGGGUGCGUUUGCCGAGGGCUGCGCCACCACUGUGGUCUGA